CAUAAUGAUAUUUCUAAAACUAUUAUUAAGUAGCGGAAUAAUUUUUAUUGCUGUGGCAGCUUUCAUUCGUAAUGAAUUUUCAUGCUAUCGACCAUCAGAAUAUAUAAAAUCAGUGCAUUACGAUAUCAAGCUUACCUCACAUAUUAAAGCAAAAACUUUUAAUGGAGAAUACAAUAUCAGCAUAAACAUUCUUAAUAAAACGAGACACAUAUAUUUACAUUCAGAAAAAUUAUGUAUUAACGAUAUAGUUUUAAUUACAAAUUUUGGAAAAUAUGAGAAUGAUAAAGAUACAGUUUAUAAACCGACAUAUAAUACUACAGAAAACUCAAUUGACAUUUUCUUUCUGGAUGAGUUAUCACCUGGAAGGUACAUCUUAAAUAUAAAAUAUUUAGGCGCUACUGAUAAAGGCUUUAAAAUUUUUGAUAUAAAAGGAAAAACUGCUUGGGUAGGUGCUCCGCAUUUCCAGAUAAUAGGCGGCCGACAAGCGUUUCCAUGUUUGCAUAAUUUAUCGUUAGAAGCAACCUUUAACAUUUCUUUGGGAUGUUAUAACUGCAUUACUUUGUCAAACACGCCAUUGCGAAAUACGGAAAGAGAUAAGUACAAUUUGCAAUGGAGACACUACAAUACCACACCUGUAAUGUCGAUUCAUCACGCAACAAUGAUUGUGUCUAAUUACUUAUUCCCUCGUCGUAUCAAAACUCAAAACAUUAAUAUGUGGUGCAGACAUAAAUCUGAAUUUCACAUGGAUAUUGCAAUGUAUGCAGCUGAACAUAUCAAGUUGUUUUUUCAAGAUAAAUGGAAACGUUCGUACAAUAUAUGGAACGUGAAUCAUGUUGCAAUUCCAAAUUUCCAUGACAAAGAUAUAACAGUUUUCGGAGUUGUUCUUUAUAGGGAAACAGAUAUCAUCUAUGAUAAACAAUUAUGUCCUAUUGCUAACAAAAUUGAAGUAACUCAAUUAGUAGGACGUAAAGUGACACAGCAAUGGUUUAUUGACAUGAUGAACGAUCCGUCAGUGUCGGAUUUUUGGUUUAAAAAAGGUCUUACUACAUGGCUUGCAACGUAUGCUGUCGACCAGAUUUAUCCAAAUUAUCAAAUAAUCAAUUUAUUUGUUGUUCAAAAUCAACAUUACUCUUUUAAUUUGGAUAGUUAUUAUAUGUGGCCUUCUACUUCACAAGUUAACAGUUCAUUGGAAAUUCCCAAUUCUAUCAGAGCACCCUUUAUACUGCGCAUGAUGCAACACGUUCUCACAGAUGAAAUAUUUCAGAAAGGCAUAAAGACAUAUGUAUAUAACCUAUUACAUAGUGACUUUGUGGAACUUAUGAAAUAUUCUGUUUCAACAAACAAUGGAGAUAUUGCUUUACAACUUACAAAAAUGGAAGAUUGGGCUUUGGAAAAGCAUUGUCCUCUCAUUAACGUAGAACGAAAUUAUUAUGAUACAAUGUUUCAAGGAUAUGUACGGAUAGAAUAUGGCGACAUAUUAAAGAUUCGCUGCAUUUCUGUAACAUUUACUACGCAAAAAUUUCCCGAUUUUAACAAUUUAAAUCAUCAUAUGGUAUGCGCGGAAAAACGAUUCAAAUUAUUAUUACCAUUUGAAGAAAAUGGUUGGGUGAUUUUCAAUAUACAACAAACUGGAUAUUAUCGCGUUAACUAUGAUGUAUUGAAUUGGCGAAAAAUUUCAUAUUAUCUAGACUCUGAUAAAUACACGAAAAUUCAUGUUCUUAAUCGUGCUCAAAUUAUCGAUGAUGCAUUUCAUUUAAUGAUAGGAGGCCAACUCCAUUCAUUUGUAUUCUGGAAUAUCAUAAAGUAUUUGCAACGAGAAAGAGAUUAUAUAGCAUGGUAUCCUUUUUUUAAAGCUCUGGAAUACUUAUCCAGUACUUUUAUAGUGUUGGAAGAAGGAAUUGAGAAAUUGACGUCUGAAGUAAGACAAAUAUUACACGAGAUACUUAAAAGAAUCAAAUAUGAAGAAAUUGAUGAUACAGACGAACUCAGAAUAUGUUUACGACAAGAAGCUGCAAGAUGGGCAUGUUUUUUCGGUGACAUCACUUGUAAGAAAGUAGCCAAUAAUAAAUUAACACAACAUCUCCAAGAUCCUGCAAAAUACAAACUUUUGCCAUGGUGGAAGGAAUGGACAUAUUGUAAAGGUUUGAUGAUAACUACCAUAAACAACACCACAUGGGAAUUAGUGUAUACUAAAGGAUUGAACAAAUCUGACUCUAAAUUUUUAAAAUACUUGGCUUGCCCCGAAAAUAUUAAUCUCAUCAAAAAAUAUUCAACACUUGAACAAAACAUUUCUACAGCACAGAAAUAUCCAAAUUCUUUUAACAGUUUCUUACAUAUUAUUACGAAGCAUACAAAGAAUCCAACUAUACUGAAAUACAUAUUAGAUCAUUUUCACGUAAUAAAACCAAAAAAUGUUAGUAUAACUGCAGCAUUAAUUACUAUUAUUAACAACGUAUAUUCUGUAAAUCAAACUGAGGAAAUAAACAAAUACGUUCAAAGGGUAAAGGCCGAAGCAUUUCUAUUAGAUAAAAUGAGAAACACAAAAUAUUUUAGAAGUUUUCACUUAGAAAAGAUUUACAUAGAGCGGAUUUCUGACAAAAUUGAAAGCCAUAUAUCAAUUCGCAACCGUCAAAUCGAAAGACUGAGAGAAUAUUUUGGCAGAUUUUUCUUGUGAUGAAAAAUUUAAAAUAAAAAAAUUGCAGCUUCGCAUGGGUGGAUA